CAUGGCGGACACGCCUCCCCCCCGAGGGAAACCCGUUGGUAGGUUCCUGACCUCCCCGUAAUGGCUCCCGCCCCCCGCGACAUGGCGGACGGACCCUCCCCAGCCAGGGGGAUCGGCAGCCGGCCCAACCCGGACCUUCCCAAGAUGGCGGCCGCCCUCCCGCUGCCGCCGGCCGCCAGGUCGUGUCGCCAGCCCGCCCCGCCUCCCGGGCGGUGCCGCUCCCCGCCGCGCCGCGCCUGUGUGCGCGGAGAGCCCGCGGCAGGACGGGGGCUCCGCUCGCUCCGCGCCGCGAUGGGGCGGGCGGGCCGCUGGCUGCCCGCGGUGGUUGCGCUCUUCUACGGGGCGCUGGCGGCGCUGGUGCUGCUGGGGGUGCGGGACGUGUUGUUCCUCUACGAGGAGAACCGGUGUAGCAUGACCUACAUGUACGAGUACCCCGAGUACCUGAAAAUAAAAUUGCCGAAGAAAACAGCCAGACGAUACCCAGCGUAUGAGCUGUAUCUCUAUGGAGAAGGGAACUAUGCAGAAGAAAAUAAAAAUCUCCUAUUGACGGGAAUUCCAGUUCUCUUUCUUCCCGGGAAUGCUGGCAGUUACAAACAAGUACGUUCUCUUGGCUCCAUUGCACUUAGAAAAGCAGAAGAUAUUGACUUCAAGUAUCAUUUUAAUUUCUUCAGUGUCAACUUUAAUGAGGAGUUGGUUGCAUUGUACGGUGGUAGUCUGCAAAGACAGACCAAGUUUGUGCAUGAAUGCAUAAAAGUAAUUCUUAAGCUGUACAGGGAUCGAGAAUUUGCACCAACCAGCGUUGCAAUAGUAGGUCAUUCCAUGGGUGGUCUCGUUGCAAGAGCGUUGCUUACUCUGAAGAAUUUUAAGCCUGAACUUAUAAACCUCCUCAUUACACAAGCCACGCCUCAUGUUGCACCUGUAAUGCCUUUAGACAAAUACCUUACUGAUUUUUAUACAGCUGUAAAUGAUCACUGGAUUCUAAAGGCCCAAGAUUUAAGAAAUUUAACUACCCUUUCGGUGGCAGGAGGAUUCAGAGAUUACCAAGUUCGUUCAGGACUGGCUUUUCUACCAAGACUGAGUCAACAUGGCAGUGCCUUAUCUGUUGUGAGCUCAGCGGUGCCUAGAGCUUGGGCCUCAACAGACCAUCUCUCUGUAGUGUGGUGCAAAGAAUUGAUCCUGGCUACCAUUAGAGCUUUUUUUGAUCUUAUAGAUGAAGACACAAGACAGAUAACUGAGGAUCCAAAGAAGAGGAUGUCUGUACUGAACCACCACUUCGUGAGACACCCUGCAAAGAUAUUUGAGGAAAGUCCUGAAGCUUUUACGGAACUCACAGGAGCUUUCACAUGGAUUACAGUCAAAGCCUCGAAAUGGACUUACUCAGUUUACAAUGAUUCUGAUGGGAAGUAUUUCACAUUUCCUCUUGCAAGCCACAGAAAAUCAUCCAGUCAUGUUUACUGUGAAAACAGUAUGUUGGACACAAGUAGCUGGAUUUAUGGCUGUAUGAACAGUAAUUCAUCGAUGUGCCUGGAAGCUACUGAUUUAUCCUGGAGAGCUGAGUUACUUCCAACCACCAAGGUUGUAAUACUGAAACUUCAGGACUAUCCUUCUUUGUCCCACAUCGUCAUUCAGGUGCCACCCACAGCUGGCAAUAAGUAUACUUUGGACUGUGAAUUCUUCCAAGAGGAUUCCAGAACGGUACAGCUUCCUGUAACACAUCUUUUUUCAUUUGGGCUUUCUUCAAGCAAAAUUGUAUUAAAUUCAACUGGCUUACUUUAUAAUGUACAGCUCCAGCACUUUAACCAAAUAUAUCAAGCAUUCAAAAUUCAUGUAGAGAGCCACUGCCAGUCACUCAAAGAAAGGAAACCUAAUGUUUACAGACUUCAUAUACCCUGGUCACAUGAAGACUCAAUAAUUGUAGCAAAAGUUCCAUCUCUUACUGAGAUUUCUGCAAAACUGCACAUUGCUCGUCCUCAAAAUGACAGCAGGGUUCCAGAGCUAAAUAUUUACUCUUCCUCAGACUGUCAGUAUGAAGUAAUUCUGCAGACGUCACUUACGCAGAUUCUUGGGCAAAUAAUAAGGUUCCAUGCUGGUGCUCUUCCUGCCUAUGUUGUUUCUAAUAUUCUUCUUACCUAUGGAGGACAAUUGAGCACAUGGAUAUCAACAGGCCAGUGUCCAGACUUUACCCUUGAACUAGUUAGGACAGCUAAACCCUACAAAGUAGAACCUCUUAUAAGCGUCGUUGUGUUUCUACAGGGGUUUAACUGGUUUAGAGAAAUAUGGGAAUCACUGUCGCUGCCGGAGGUGGAUGCAGCUGCUCUGAGUAGUCAGGACACGUGGUUCCCCCUUGUGUCCCUGAUUCUCUUUCUUUUUGGGACAGGCAUUGCCUACUGGAGUGGAGUAUUUUUCUCUCUAUCCCUGAGACUCUUCUCUUCAUUAUGGUUCACUCUGAUUAGACCUACUGCACCUCGAAGAGAUACCAAGUUGCUGACACCAAGAGGACUUUGUGGCGUGUUAUCUCUUGCUUUGGUCAGCUGGACCACUUGCGGUGCAUUUGCUAUAGUCAUUAUUUACCUUCAAUACUGGUUUAAGGUUAUAAAACUACAUGUGAAUGUAAGAGCAGAACAAAACAUGAUUAAUGGGGAUUCAGAUGGCUCAAAAGAAACUUCACAGAACUCCAGUAACGACACAGUCAAAAACCAGAGUUCGAUCGACUGUACUUCAAAAGCAACACAGUCGCUUCCCAACAGUACAACCGCUGAAGCUGUUAACAAUCUUAAGAUGCAUGUUACCAUUCUCAAUUUAUUCACAUGGAUUAUGUUGCUCAACUUGCCAUCUUUAAUUUAUUGGUUAAAAAAUCUCAGGUACAGCGUUAGCCUUGAUCCUGAUCCAUGUAGAUCUACAGCUGUUAUCCUCGUAUGCAUUUUGGAACUUCUCAUUAAUUCAAAUAUUUCUGAACUGAAAUCAAGUAAACUGCUGAAGAUCGCUGCCAAAGUUCCACUCCCUUUGUCUGUUGCAAUGGUGGCCUUUGGACAACUGCAUUUAUACAAAGUACCCCACUUUGUCACCUUUUCCCUUCUUCUCCAUGUGCUGUGUUGUAUUGUGUAACCGUCCGUAUUACAUAGGAAGAAAGGUGUGGCCUAGAAAUGGAUCUCUGGAGAUGGGGCAGAUUACAACAAGAAAUGCCUAGAAGUAACAUCCACGGAAGUUUACAUUAUGUGGGAAACUGGACAGAACUGUGAAUACUUCAUGAAAAAUUCAUGGUUCUGUCCACGUUGCGUAGCAAACUUUUCAUGGUGUUUAUUUCCUGCCUCUGAAAAUUAAGUGAAUUAACCCUGUGUGUGUGUAAGCACAUAAACCAUAUUAGUGUAACACCUCAUUACUCUGCCUUGUAGACACUUUGAUAUUUCACUAUACUCCUGUGUUGAAACAGACUUUUUAAAACUCACUGUGCCAUACAGUGCGUAUGUUCUGAACUCGUAUCUCUUGCAGGUCUAAAUUACGCUGGUUAAAACUCGAUACAUUGCAAGCACACUGUGACUAUCACAAAACCAACACAGCCAAGUAGACUUUUAAUCAUUUUAUGCUACAUUUAAAAGCUGCCACAGUUGUGUCUGGACAAACUAGAAUGUACUGCUUAUAUAGAACUGUUAUUUUUAUCAAAUCGUUUGUUCAAUCAGUGUGACUUGAACAUUUGUGAGAUUAUUGAAAGUCUUACACAUUUUACUUUUUGUGAGAGUGAGAAAACAAUAUUCUGUGUAGCUUUCUAUUCAGGAAGGAUACCAGCAGAUUCAUAAACAAUUUGCUGUAAUGUUGUUUUAAAACAUUGCCAGUUUUCUCUGGAAUUUUGUAAAUUCUGAAAUUCCUCUUUGUCCAUAUGGAGAAGGUAGCAAACGCUGAGGUGCGGUGUGAGUUUCCAGUGCAGUUGCUGUACCGCACUGUUUCCAAAUAGACACGGCAGGGGUUUUUUGCUCUAUUGUAAAUGGAGGAUCUGCUGUCUCAUUAAAAAAGUCAAUACAUGAAAUGAAUAUGGAAUAGUUCCAACACUAUAAAUUCCUGCCCUGCUGUACAGUGCUAACUUUCUCACAUGGACAAAGUCUUAGUAAUAGUGGGAAAUACUGACCAUAAUUAUUAGUUCUGUACGAAGUAUGAUUUUAGUGCCUAGAUGCUACAAUGACUGCCAUUUAUAAUAAAGCCUAAAAUAGCUAUGUGUGAGGAAUUCUGGCCCCUGGGUGUGCUUUUUGCCAACAGAAGGAACCUCUGUAGCCAUUAGGUUAAAAUGAUACAUUGAUUCUGUGUAGAGAUGAGUCUACAAAUUGCUUCUGUGUUAGCUGUCGCCACUCUGUCUGAGAUACUUGUUAUCUUCAUGUGGAAAUACUAGACCAGCUCAAGCAUCUUCUACAAAUAAUAAGAGGAAAUCUGCUACCCACAGUCAAUCAAGUAUAUCCUUGAUAUAGUAGUAGAGCCAGCCUGACCCAUUAAUUACAUCCUAUCUCAUUAAUCUUGCCUAAAGUGCCUCAGUUAGGUCGAGUGUGUUGUGAGGGCCAAUUUAUUGGAGCUGGCUGGAAAGACUUAAUUCGCAUAGUGACUUUCCAAAGUGAAAGACAAAUGUGAAGUAAGCACUUGUUUUGUCUGCUUACCUAAGUUAGCAGUUCAAGCUCUCAGUAAGUCAUUAAAACUGUUUAACUGAGUUAGAUUGUUGUAGUUAACCAAACCAUGGUCGCUGUUAUCAGUAACCUACGUGCUGGUAUUGUAGUCUUAACCUUUUUAAAAAGAGAUUAGGUUAUACAUGGUGUCUGUACAUCAGAAAAGUUAUACGUAUAGAUGAUACCAUGAUGCUCUCCAACCAAAUAUACGCUAUGGUAUAUGUAUAUAAGAUAAUUUGUGUGUCUAAAUAUACGUGUAGCUACAUCCACCAGUUGGUUUAACCUAGGAGUUGCUGUUCAGACAUGGAAUAAUAGUUUUUCUGCUUUUAAGUGGCGGUGAAUGAAAGAGGGUGGCAGAGCUGCACUGGGGCUGGUAAAGGCUGGCUGUAAAAUGUGCAGGGUCUGAUUUCUGGGGAAGAUAAUUUUCCGUGGCCUUCGUGGUCCUUUUGGCUUCCUGCUGUGUUUUACUGCUGAUUAUGUUUUGCCAUCUUAAGAGGUUCUUUAUGUAUGAAUCCAUUUGUUGAAGUCAUUGGUGGAAUAAAAUAAGCAAAAUACGGAGAGCAA